AUGCAGGCCUGCGACCGUUGCCAUCGCCGAAAGUCACGAUGUGAUAAACAGGUACCGGUCUGCGGCCCAUGUUUGAAGGCUGGCGUUCCAUGUGCCUACACAGAUCGCUCCAAGGAGCCUACGUAUAGAAAAGAGGUUGUCGAGAGACUAGAACGUCGCCUGAAGCAGUGUGAAUCGACUAACCGUGCUUUGGCUGCUAGAUUGGCCAGUGCUAACAGCCAGCUCGCCGCAGCGACGGGAGUGAAGGGCAUCGCAGGCGAGGAUAGGGCGGAUGCGUUAUCAACAGCCCAUCCUCACGACCAGCAUCAAUCGCGUUCAGAGAGUGAUAAUGAAGUGACAGACGAGGUGUCGUUUCUAUCGCUAACCGCCGCCGGGGAGAGGCAGUUUCUCGGAUCUGGAAGCGGAGUGCUCUUUGCCAACCUUGUCCGUGCUACUGUAGAGGCAACUUCAGCGCCUACUUCCUCAAUCACGCACAAGAGCAGAGAGUUUCAGCGGAAUUCUCCCUAUCCUCCCAAUGGCCUGCCGGCCUCCUUUUCAUCGACUCCAAAGACGGAUAUCUCCCAAAUCCCUCCCGAACAGUUCGCGCGAGACCUCCACCAUGCAUAUUUCGAGCAUGAUCAUAUUUGCUAUCCAUUUCUCCAUCGUCCUACCGUCCUUGCGUCGUUCGAACAGAUAUAUGUGGACCCAUCCUUUCUGGAUCGUGACCACUCCGCUGCAUUUGUAUAUUAUAUGAUAUUGGCGAUAUCUUCCGUUGACUAUCAUAAAUUCGAUUGGCAGACGAGACCUGAUGCGGAAAACUUUCACGCAAUUGCGUUGGCUAGGCUAAAUGAAGUUCUGCAGCUUGGUGGGAUCAAGGCCCUGCAGGCCAUUCUUUUGCUUGUGCAGUAUCGCAUGAGAAGUUCGAUACAGGACACUUCUGCAAGUACGAUCUGCCCUUUCGGCUGCAUAGGGUAUUUGGCAGUUUCGCUAAUGAGCUCUAGUGUCGUAAGCAUCACACUUGGGCGGCCCUUUGCAGUCCGACUGGAAGAUAUCGAUGUUUCUCUCCCCGAUUCUCAAUUCGAUUUAGAUAUAACCCCGCCGGGAUCGAGUUUCUAUCCCUCAAACGGGGAGACAUUCUCCCGUACCGCCCUAUUCGUCCAUAUUGUUCGUUAUCGGAUACUAUGCGGCAAGAUUCUUGCUUCGUUGCACAGCUCACAGCGCUCUCGGCCCAAAAUUGAGGCUAGUUCUGCUUUAGAAAUGAGGGAGAAUUUGGCAGCGGAACUUGAGGCAUGGCGCCACGACACAGUUUCCCUCAACCUGCCUGCGGUAGACUUGACGAGCGCAAUCCCAGGUGAUAGAUCGAGUUUUCGCGCUCAUGAAUGGUAUGAAAUUCUUUAUCAUAAUGCGAUACUAAUGCUUUACCGUCCAUCUCCCGCCUUUUCCGCAUUGACUGUAAAAGCCCCAGUGGCGAUACAGACCAUUUUCAUGGCUGCCAAACAAUCUAUCACUCUAUACGCUCAUUUACAUCGCUCCAGAAGGAUCAACUAUACAUGGAUCACCCUACAUGCGGUGUUCAUGGCGGGCCUUUCUUACGUUUAUGCAGUCGGUCGCCAUUUCCGAGCAAAACGUCGACUCGCAACUGGCGGUCACCCGACCACGAUGCUGGAUGAAGAUCCAUCGAUCAUAGAAAUCGUCAACGAGACGCGUGCCUGCUCAAACGUGCUCGUAGCCGUCUCUGAGCGAUGGUCAGCUUCGCGGCACACUCACGAAGUCUUUCACCGCCUUAGCGACGCCGUUCUCGCCGAUGCGAUUGAACUGCUCAGCUCUCCGCCGCCAUCAUCAUCGACAGCCGGCCAGCAUUCGCAAACCCCUAUACCCAUGGCCGGACUCUCUUCGCCAUCCAACAUGUCUAUGAGCGGAAUCGCCCCGAUGGGAAAUAAUAACAUGGAGCCAUCGUGGCCGGUGCCCGAAAUGGUAGCAAGUCCGCCGCUGGCGGUGGAUUCGGUGCUAAGGGACUGCUUUAGGGAUUUGCAGAAUAUUCAUGAGCAUUCCUGUGGAGACGAUCCCAUUGGGAGGUUGUCGCAGGAUUGGCUGGGAGAGAUUGGCGGGAUGUCGUUGGACGAAGUGCAGAUUUGGGCAGGAUAA